GCGUAGGUAGACAGACUCACUUCGCAGUGAGACACACGACGGUGACGCUUCAUUAUUUACAGUGGCGUCUCAUAAGAGCGCUAUAAAUACAGCUCCACAGUGCUCCGCGCUCACACUCGCGCUCUCCGUGUGUUUUAUAUUCAACAUUCUACGCUAAAACAACCCAGCACUACUAUUUAGACUACGAAGAUACUUUUAUCCUCACUGGAUUACUCGUGUUUUCCUCAGGAAUAAGUCUUCAGACUCUAUUCAGACUAAACGCAUGAUGAUGGAAGUCUGAUAUCGCCUUUCGAUCCUCAAGGACUGCUUAUAUUUCUUUUCACCUUCGUUGGCAAAAGUUUCAACAUGUUCAGGUGGAGUGAUCCAGCUAUGGAUAUACUAAAACACAUCUCAAAAGUGAUGUAUCUGUAAGGUCAGCUCGUCCUGUAACCUGGUGGAGAUGUUAUCCAUCCAGCAGUACAACAGCACUGUUUUGGCUGAGGAUGAAGUGUCGGUCAAUCAGAGCCAUCAUUAUGUGGCACCGCUGCGCUGCAGGGAAAACCUGACCACCACCAGCCCGACGGCAGCGGGUCUGUCUAUGACCCUGGGAAUCGUCUCCAACAUCAUAGCACUGGCCAUCCUGGCCAAUGCCUACAGCCGGCGCAGCAAAACCACCAAAGCUACAUUUCUGCUGUUUGCCAGUUCUCUGGUGGUCACAGACCUCGUCGGACAUGUGAUUCCAGGUGCUCUGGUUCUUCAUCUCUACCUAUCUGGCACUGGACCGUGUCUUCCAGCAGUGCCAGAUGGGACCUGUUAUUUCCUAGGUGGCAGCAUGGUUUUUUUCGGGCUGUGCCCGCUGUUUCUAGGCUGUGCAAUGGCAGUGGAGCGAUGCAUAGGUGUGACCCGACCUCUCCUACACAAACGCUUGGUUUGUACCACCCAGACUAAGAUUGUGAUGGUGAUGGUUUGGCUGCUGGCUUUAAGCGUGGCAUUUCUGCCCUUCUUCCGCCUAGGCUCAUACACCUACCAGUACCCGUGGACGUGGUGCUUCAUUAAUGUGUUAGACGAAACAAACGUGACUGAUGUGAUUUUUGUGGUGCUCUUCUCCGGGCUCGGACUGGCCUCACUGGCCGUGGCCCUGGUCUGUAACACCAUCAGCGGGGUGACACUGGUGGCCGCGAGACUAAGAAAGAAGCAAAAGCAGGAGUCAGUUCGUCAAAGCAAGAAGGACAAGCAGGAGUCUGUUCGUCUCAGCAGGAAGGACAAGCAAAACAAGGCCAGCAAAACACAUGAUAUUGAGAUGGUGGUACAGCUGGUAGGCAUCAUGGUCACUUCAUGCAUCUGUUGGAGCCCUCUGCUGAUCUUCGGUCUGAUGUCAGUCAUCCGCUCGUCCAUCAGCUCCAUGGGCGACGAUCUGGAAAUGUCCUACAGGAGUUUAUUAGUAAUGGGAGUGCGCCUGGCCUCCUGGAAUCAAAUCCUGGACCCCUGGGUGUAUAUUCUUCUGCGCCGAGCCAUCUUGAGGAAGAUCUACUACUUAACCACGGGCCGAACAGGACGCAGGGGGAGCACAUUCCGACAGUGGGAGGCCAGCUCCUUCCAGAACUCAGUGAAGAAAGCCAUUAAUCAGACCUGAUGGAGUGUGGGAUGCCGGAGUGUGAGUCCCACCACAUGGAAAACAGUCUGACACUAAAAGUGAAAAGCGUAUGUGAGUUCCUUUUGCUUGAAUAGUGGAUGAAGGAGCAGCGUACUGGAAGCUGAAUUUGGAAGCGUGCUCUGGAUUAACCACGGAGACUUUAACAAGCAUUAUAUUUGAGCUUGUGGAGCUAAAAAAUUCCAUUCAUUUUUCCCAUAUCAGAAUUGGCUUUUAAACAACAUCUACAGGGCGAGGCGGUGGCUCAGUGGUUAGCACUGUCGCCUCACAGCAAGAAGGUCGCUGGUUUGAGUCCUGGCUGGGCCAGUUGGCAUUUCUGUAUGGAGUUUGCAUGUUCUCCCGGUGUUGUCGUGGGUUUCCUCCGGGUGCUCCGGACACAUGCGCUAUAGGUAAAUUAGAUUAACUAAAUCGGCCGUAGUGGAUGUGAGAGUGUAUGGGUGUUUUCAUUACUGGGUUGCAGCUGGAAGGGCAUCCACUGUGUAAAACAUAUGCUAGAUAAGUUGGCGGUUCAUUUAGCUGUGGCGACUCCUGAUGAAUAAAGAGACUAAGCCGAAGGAAAAUGAAUGAAUGAAUGACAACAAUCUACAAAUCUUUCAUCUCAGAGAGCUCUGAGACUUCUUUGAGACUUCAACAGAAAGAAAGGAGCACAAUCAGGUUUGGAACAAGCGGAGGAUGAGUAAAUGACAGGAUUUUGAUUUUGGGUGAACUGUCCCUAUGACUAUUUUUAGGACUGGUAUAUGUAAUUAGUAAUUCAAUAAAUCAUUCAUUCAUUCUGUCAUUUACUCAUCAUCUGCUUGUUCCAAACCUGAUUGUGCUUCUUUUUUCUGUUGAAUGCAAAAGAAGAUAUUUUGAAGAAUGUUGGAAACUUGUACCUAUUGACUUCCAUGGGUAAACGAUUAUACAUUCUUCAAAAUAUCUUCUUUUUGUUUAAGCGAACAAAGCAACUCAUAAAACACUCACAUGACGGUGAGUGAAUUUAAUUUUGAGGUGAACUAUCCCUUUUAAUGAUGUACGGUUCUGUAAAAAACAUACAUUUUAAUCAGUUAAUUUAAUAAAAAUCACAUUUAUAGGGCUUAUUCCAAUUGUAGACUUAAUUAAUUGAACCACAGCCAGUAACUUACAGCUCAUACUCACAUAAUGUACAAGAAAAUGCAUGAGUGAAUCAAUGCUCCACAGCAAAUACUUCUUUCAAUUUUCACUUAGAAGUACAAAUACGUUGGAAAUACAGGAUAACAAUUUACAGUGGAUUGACAUAGAAGCAAAAAUGCUGACAUAAAUAUUUAUUAAAUAUAUGUUUGCGAUGUUAGUGACUUUUGUUGUCAGAUAAUGACAACACUAUACA